GUCAUGAUCGCCACCCCUCUCCUCUUCUGGCCGAGGGCUAUUAAAGCCCAUAGAUCCCUUGCAGAGGAACUCCAUCACUCUCUCAUUUCCCCUCACUCCCUUAUUUUUCUGCUACAAGGAACUGAAGCAGGAGCGAUAUCAUCGGAGUAGGGAUCCGAGCCGCUUGAGGGAACAUCACAGAGUUGUCCCGGAGCUAGGUAUUGGAGAAUUGGAAUCUAAGUCUAAGAGUUGGUGAGCAAAUUAAAAUUACUAUGUACGGCCCUCGCCAGCGAGUUAUAGUAGCUCGGUAUAUGGCCCUCGCCAGCGGGUUAUAGUAGCUCGGCAAACGACCCUCGCCAGCGGGUUAUAAUAGCUCAGCAUACGGCCCUCACUAGCAGAUUAUAGCAGCUCGGCAUACGGCCCUCGCCAGCGGGUUAUAGUAGCUCGGUAUAUGGCCUUGUCAUAGAUAAAUAAGAUUGCUAGGAGCAAAGAGCUUGACUCACUCCAGAGUUUGGGAUAUACUAAAUAUAAUUGUACAAAUUUUUAAAAGCUCUAUAUCGCUCCUUAUUGUUCAAACAUUUUAUGACUUUCAUGAACAAUAUAAUUCAUUUAAAUUUAAAAUUUUAUGUGGCUGCGUGCUAUUGCGGCAAAGAUUUGCAAUAGCAAAGCCGUAUCGUGAUCCGGAUUUGGGGCGUGAUAGGAAGGGUCGAUGAUAGGAGCUGUAAAUAGAGCUCGGUCAUAACCGAAAUCCGACCGGAGUCAGAUUCCAUCCAAUGAACUUAAGAGGAAGAAGACUUCAAUAGGAGUCCUCUUCCCUCCUCGCAAUAGCGCAGCAUGUGCAUUAUUUUUUUUUUCCUUCUUUUGGACCAACUGGGUCGGUCAAAUGGACCGGGCCCAAUGGGUCUUACAACCUUGCUGGAGCUUGUGGGUAGAACGGAACAGCAGAAUAUUUAAAAUUGUGGCCACCUCACCUACAUCUCUCUUCCAACGCGUCAGAAGUCUGUUUCAAGACUGGAUGGCGACCUGUAAUGGGCAAAUCAAAACUGCGAUUACUGACCUUUGGAGUUUACUGUUCAACGACGCCGGCACGAAACAACUCAGAAUAUAAUACUAGAGAGUAAGGAAACAAUGGAGCAAGCUCAGCGAGUGUCUUGUUGGAGGAAGUUUGCUCACCUUAAUUAGCUCCCCUCCGCCUGCUUGAGAACCGGGAAAGUGUACUGGUUUACAAAAAUUGAAACGAGCAGGUAGUAGGACGAAUGGGACGACAUCUAACUCUCUUGUAAAUCCUGCUUUCAUGAACUAAAUAAGGUUGGCCCCAGCGUGUCUAUGGGUCACUAUUUCGAUGAUCCUUCCAGCAAAGGCCACUACGUUAGUGGGUUGCGGUGGAAGCUAUGUACAUAAAACUUUCAGUAAAUCCUACCCUUUUUCAUAAAAAAAGCCGUUUUGCAGUCUCUACGUGGACUUAACAACAGAAUGAUUUCAUAACGAUCCUAAUUUGAUUUGAGGAUGUUUGAAUCAUUUUUUAUUUUAACUUCAAUUUUUUUUUGACAAUAAACUUAUUCUGGGGGCAUAAUGUACAUCCGAUAACUCAAGGCACUAUAUCUUGUAAAUAGAUUAUUUCAAUAAACAUUGAGGCAGUGCGACUCGCUUCGUUCAUUUUCCAUAAAAAAAAAAAAAAACUCGAGAAUCUAAAUAUUUCAAGUUUUACUGAGGGCGUUCUCCGAGAAAGUCAUGCCUCGAUGUCUCUCUUCCAAAGUCGUGUGAUCUAUCGGCUUCAACCUCACCUCUUCUUGUCAGCAGGUAACGAAUCCGAAACCCCAAGCCCUCCUUCACUCCAUCAUAAAAACCUUUCUAUUCCCUUCGUCUCGUUAAAACCCUAAUUCUCCUUUCUCUAUCCGUUAGCAGGAUAGGAAGAAACUCCCAACUUCUUUUGAAUUCUCUGACUCUAACAUUGGUACUCGACUUUGUGCUCUAUUAUGCUAUUAAUCUAUUCACAACCUUCAUAAUAGUAAAAUAUGAUCGAUAUCUUUGUUAAAAAAAAAGUCUUUUGGACUUCUUUUAAUCAAUUUUCUCUUUUUCUUUUCAAGAGAAAAUUUAGGUGUUCAUUUUCCCUUACAUUAGCAAGUAGCUAGCUAGCUAUCAAUACUGAUGAUUUUCUACAUGCAAUAUUCUCUAUAUAUACCCUCAAAAGAUUGUCAAUCCCAGUAUGAAUAGAAAAUUCAUCUGUCUAGGCAGAACCUUGUCGUCAUGUAACACCGCAUGUUUUAAUGCUUCCUGUCAAUCUUGCGUAGAUAUGUUAAGUUGCAUUAGCACUGAUUAGCUUGUAGAGAAGAAUCAAUGAAAUAAAACCGAGAAACUCCAUCUGAAAAGGGUGCUUGACAGAAAGGAACUAAUAUUGUGAGAGAGCAUAAACAAAUUUUGCUGUGACACAGCAUUAUGAGGACACGAUUAUCAGCAUCCUGGAUUGUGUGUACGGAGUUAUUGCCAGAAUUUGGGGUUAUCAGAUAAGAAUAUUAUUGAGAUGAUUAUCAUCCUUGAUCACUGUUAGAACAUAGAACAGUACAUGAACAGGAACUCUGCCUAAAGUGGAAGUCCGCAAGGCUUCUAAGGAUCUGAAUCGGCCUUUUUGUUUUUGAGUCUCCUGCUGUUGGGUUCAUCAUUAAGUUAGUUUUAGUGAUAAAAAUUUAUAUUUAUUGUACUAUACAUUAUAAAUGCAUGCUAACUGUCGCAUGACGGACUUAAAAGAAGUAGGAAAAAGCUAUAAUGGGAAUUAGAUUGGUCUGAUGACAGCACUAGGAGUCAAGAAACUGGUGGUUACCAUAUUUUCUCAUGCAGGCAACAAGGCCAUCCUUGCAAAUUUCAAGGUGUCUCUGCAACAGGGACUGGAUUGUAGGGAUCAUAUAAAUUGAAGUGAGAGGUGGAAAGAAGGCAAGCAACCAAGUCAUUAUCAAAGUAGGCAUGAAAUAAAAAAAGUAUAAUCAUAUUAACAAGCCUGCAUGGUUUCUUCUUUUACUUUGUAGAACAUACAUGCAGAAAGGAAAGAAAACUGACCACCCUCAUCACUCUGGUGGGAAACCUAAAUCAAUCUGACCCCAAAAUCAAUAUCAGACAUAUAUCACAGGGAAGUUCUUCCAACCAUAUAUCAAUAUCAGGCAUGAGACAAGCAUGACCUUCACAAAGUCGUCAUAAAUCCAAAUCCAAGACUUGGAAGCAGAUUGCUUCCUCUGGUAGCGACACUCUGCAUGCAUGAAGCAACACAACCACAAAUUAGAUCCACAAGUUGAUCGACUGUCUCACUCCGCUAUUGAUCAUGGUCUUCAUGACCUAUGCUUCUUUUUGCGCGUGGUCCCGAUUGAUCAACCCCCAGGACAAGGUAAGCAUGGUUACCAGAAGUAGCUAUUGAUUUUUUCCAAAGUCUCGACAUGGACUUGAAGAGGGUACUAGAUCUUCAUAACAACUAGACUUUGAUAAUUCACCUUCCUUGGCUGACUUACGCUAUCUUUUAUCAACAUUACUUGGACUUCAAUCUAUUAGAUUUUCCAACAGGACUGAUUACCCUUCUUUUGAAGGCUGGUUAUUUAGCCUUGAAUGGAGGACAAAGCAGCUAUUGAUUUUUUCCGUAGGAAGUUUCGGCAUGGACAUGAAGAGGGUACUAGAUCUUCAUAACAACUCGACUUUGAUAACUCACCUUGCUUAACUUUCCAUCAGUGAAUCUUCUAAUGACCCUAAAAUUGUAAAUGACUUGAAUCUUCUUAACGGGCCCAAAUUAAGAAAAGAAAUUUAAUCGUCCCUUUUAAUAUUUGAAAUUUGACUGCCGUUAAAAUAACCUAAAAAGAAGCUGCAGCGACUGCCUCUUAUUUAUACAUAUUUACAUAAGCAGGCUGGUUUCUGUCGCUUGCUUGUGCCCCCAUGGAUACUGAGAUAAGGCCAUAUUCCUCUCUCUCCUUCUUUCUUCUCUUCUUUCUCUUCUCUUCUCUCAACAUCCAACACUGUGGAGCAACUGAUAGCAUCUCUUUGGGCCAGUCCGUCUCCGGAAACCAGACCAUAGUGUCCAAAGAAGGCAAGUUUGAGCUGGGGUUCUUCACACCAGGUAACUCCCGUAACUAUUACAUAGGUAUCUGGUACAAAACAAUUCCUGUCCAAACUGUAGUCUGGGUGGCGAACAGAGCAACACCCAUCUCCAACACCUCCUCUGCCGAGUUAAAAAUCUCAGAAGAUGGCAAACUAGUCCUCCUCAACAUUUCCAAAAUCCCAGUUUGGUCAUCCAAUUCAACUCCAUCAACCUCGAAUUCCACGGUUGCCGUGCUUCUGGACACCGGAAAUCUCGUUAUAAGAAAUGGGUCAAACACUACAAUUUGGCAGAGUUUUGAUCACCCAACUGACACAUGGAUGCCAGGAGGAUGGCUUGGAGUUAACAAGAUCACAGAGGAGUAUCAGAGCAUGACUUCAUGGGAGAAUCGUGAGAAUCCUGCCCCCGGGCCUUUCGCUCAUAGUAUGGACCCCGAUGGAUCCAAUCAGUUCGUAUUGCUGUGGAAUGGUUCUGAAAUUUAUUGGAGCGGUGGGCUGUGGAAUGGCCAGUACUUCACUGCAGUCCCUAGUACCAGAGAAAGCACUCCCUUCAACUUCACCUUCGUCGACAACAAGCAGCGGAAGUAUGCCAUGUAUACCAUCCGGGACAGUUCUUUCAUCACUCGGUGUGUGAUUGAAUCAUCGGGGCUAUUAAAGCAAUUCUAUUGGCUGAACGGCGCCCAGGAGUGGCAGGCAAUCUUUACUCAACCUUCGGCUCAAUGUGAUGUCUACUCUCUAUGUGGAGCUUUCGGUAUCUGCGACCAGAAAAGCUCAAAUAUUUGCAGGUGCUCCUAUGGUUUUGAACCAGCUUCAAUGGAAGAAUGGGAGUUCAAUGUUUGGAAGUCAGGGUGCGUGAGGAAAACCAGUUUGCGAUGCAGCAAUAAAAGCUCGACCGGUGGAGAAGGGGAUAGAUUCGUUGAGAUGACCAAUAUGAGAUUGCCUGCCAAUCCGCAGAACUUGACUGUCGGGAGUGCUAGAGAUUGCGAACAGGCUUGCUUGAACAGCUGCUCAUGCAACGCGUAUGCUUAUGUGAGUGGAUGCUCAAUUUGGAAUGGGGACAUUCGGAACCUUCAACAACUCUAUGAUGGUGAUAGUGCAGCUGGUACUCUGCAUCUCCGGCUCGCUGCCUCUGAUUUCCCAGCUUCAAGUAGCUCACAUAAGUUGGUAAUAGAUCUAUCUGUUAGUGUCAUCGGUGGAAUUCUUGGGAUCUCGGGUGUUCUCGUCGGACUAAUUUGGGCGUUUCAAAGGAGGAAACGAAUUCGGAUGGAAAAACAAGUUGAGGGUUCUUUGAUUCAGUUUACUUAUGGUGAUUUGCGGCGUGUGACCAAGAACUUCUCUGAGAAGUUGGGCAGCGGAGGCUUUGGCUCCGUUUUUAAAGGGACAUUAAUUGACUCAACCGAAGUAGCUGUGAAGAAGCUUGAAGGCUUGAGACAAGGGGAGAAGCAAUUCCGAACCGAAGUGAGCACAUUGGCUGCUAUUCAGCAUGUCAAUCUGGUUCACCUUCGCGGUUUCUGCACCGAGGGCAGCAAGAGGCUUCUAGUUUAUGAGUACAUGUCCGGAGGUUCCCUGGACUCUCAUCUCUUUCAAAACAAAUCCACGGUUCUGGACUGGAAGACGAGGUAUCAAAUUAUUCUUGGGAUUGCGAGAGGAUUAGGCUACCUCCAUGAGAAGUGCAGGGAGUGCAUCAUACACUGUGACAUAAAGCCAGACAACAUACUCCUAGACAAGGACUUCUGUGCCAAAGUUGCAGACUUUGGCAUGGCGAAGCUCAUCGGUCGCGACUUCAGCAGGGUCCUGACAACCAUGAGGGGAACCGUUGGCUACCUCGCACCCGAGUGGAUUUCAGGCCUGCCAAUCACCUCCAAGGUUGACGUCUACAGCUUCGGGAUGAUGCUCUUUGAGCUGAUAUCAGGCAAUCGAAACACAACGCACUCUAGGGAUGAAAGCAAAAUCUUUUAUCCAUCCUGGGCGGCAGCGAAGGUCGUUGAAGGCGAUAUAUUUAGCUUAUUAGACCAUAGAUUGAAUGGUGCUGCCGACCUUGAAGAGCUAACCAGAGUCUGCAGAGUUGCUUGCCGGUGCAUUCAAGACUCUGAAGCUGACAGGCCAACAAUGGGACAGGUGGUGCAGAUCCUAGAGGGAGUCCUGGAGGUGAGCAUGCCGCCAAUUCCUAGGUCUCUUCAGCUUCUCACGGAAGAUCAGAGCCAAAUUCGUUAUCAGUUGUCAUCAACUGAAUACAACGAUGCACUUGAUCAAUCUCAGGAUUUCCUUCAAUAGGUGUCAAGCUAAGGGGCACAUGGUUCUUCGCUGAGCAUGUCAAUAACAUGUAACGGGUUAAAGAAGAGCUUAUAGUUGUUAUGAUCCUUAAGAUGGAUGUUUGUAUGAGGGUGUAAUGUUCUAUAGUGGCUGUAGUAUCUAUGUAGUGGCAUAAAGUUCAUGGAUAUCUCUUGUUAUAAAGAUAGGUUAGGUAUGUUAUAAAGUUUCCAACUCAUCACUUUCCAUGCAUGAGUUAUUUAUAUAGAUAUGUUAGAUACACAAGUAAGCUGGCAACCACCAGAUGUACCUCUUGUUGAAGACAAUGUUCAAAACCUUCUUAUCUAUUUAUUUUCAAGGCAUUUAUUUCAUAAUUUCUCAGUUUUA